AGUGGCGAAAGCCGGGAGGGCGAGCGACUGAGCGAGCAGGCAUCCAGCAGCAGGCAGCAGGCAGGCAGGCGGGCGGGCGGGCAGACGGCACAGAGGGAGGGAGCAAGUGAGCAGUGAGUUAACCAACGAGGGCAGCCGCGUCCCGAGAUCAGCCUAGAUUCCCCUCGUCCCUCUGACCCCCGCCCCGGAGCCCACAGCGCCUCCGGUCUCCAGCGGAGCGGACACGGCCCGGCCCGGCCAUGGCCUCGUUGCUGAAGGUGGAUCAGGAAGUGAAGCUCAAGGUUGAUUCUUUCAGAGAGCGGAUCACAAGUGAGGCAGAAGACUUGGUGGCAAAUUUUUUCCCAAAGAAGUUGUUAGAACUUGAUAGUUUUUUGAAGGAACCAAUCCUAAACAUCCAUGACCUAACUCAGAUCCACUCAGACAUGAAUCUCCCUGUCCCUGACCCCAUUCUUCUCACCAAUAGCCACGAUGGACUGGAUGGUCCCACUUACAAAAAGCGAAGGUUGGAUGAAUGUGAAGAGGCUUUCCAAGGAACCAAGGUGUUUGUGAUGCCCAAUGGGAUGCUAAAAAGCAACCAGCAGCUGGUGGACAUUAUUGAGAAAGUGAAACCUGAGAUCCGGCUGCUGAUUGAGAAAUGCAACACGGUUAAAAUGUGGGUACAGCUCCUGAUUCCUAGAAUAGAAGAUGGAAACAACUUCGGGGUGUCCAUUCAGGAGGAGACCGUUGCAGAACUAAGGACUGUGGAGAGCGAAGCUGCAUCUUAUCUGGACCAGAUUUCUAGAUAUUAUAUUACAAGAGCCAAAUUGGUUUCUAAAAUAGCUAAAUAUCCCCAUGUGGAGGACUAUCGCCGAACCGUGACGGAGAUCGAUGAGAAGGAAUAUAUCAGCCUCCGCCUCAUCAUAUCAGAGCUAAGGAAUCAAUAUGUCACUCUACAUGACAUGAUCCUGAAAAAUAUCGAGAAGAUCAAACGGCCCCGGAGCAGCAAUGCAGAGACACUGUACUGAGGCCAGGGCCAGGGCCAGGGGACUCUGUGAGUCUGGCUCAAGACCGACAUUGCCUUGGUUUGUUACAUGACUAUCGUGAUGGGGAAACUGGCUGGAAAUAGUAAUCACACCCCUCUGUUUUUAGUUAGAGUCUAAUGAAGCUCUCAUGUAGUUCUGUGACGUGUUUACCUCUUUUUUCAGGCCUCAGGAACUCUUCUAUUUCCCUCCCCAGCACCCCGACCUGCCCUAAUUUCUAGAGAACUCCAGGUUCGUGUGCGCAGGGUGUUGCCACAGGAAUACUUGCGUUUUCUCUCCCGUCCUCCUCCUGUGACUUGGGCUUUGUGUUUGGCUUUUUUUUUUCCCCUUUCGAUGAUUAGUUGGUUAGGAGCUGAAGGAACUAGAAGGAAAGUGCUAGGUGUUUGGGUUUUUUUUAGGAUCUGGGGUGAGGGAGACCAGCUUCUCUCUUCUGAUGUGAGGUUAAUGUUUCUUGCCCAUGCGGGACAUUGAAUCCUCCCUGCCACCGUUGUCCUGGUGAUGACUUUGGGGUUCCCAUCUACAUACAUACGUGACCAGAAACACCUUAGACCACAGCUAAGUCCCUAGCUCCUUCAGAUGGUUUUAUAACUAGAUUUUCACACACACAAACGUUACCUGCGUGGUCAACACACACACAGACACACAUGCAUCUGCCUUUCUACUCUGUUACCUGACUCCCCCUGACAAACACUGUCUCUCCCUCUCACACAUUGUUUGGGAGGCGAUCGUUGUCUUAGUCAUCAUCUGCCAGGGCCGUUGUCUCCUGACAUUGUAGCCCCUUGGUACCCAGGGGCCAGUGAGCCGGAGGAGAACCGAGCGGUGAGAAGCAGAGGGACUGGGGAAGGCUCCUGCACUGUGACGUGGCUCUUUUUGGGCAUUAUUGCAAAGGCCAGUCCUCAGACUCCGGAUUGCCUCUCUUGACCAGUUGUAAGUUAGGGUGGAGGUGUUCGUGGCUGCGAGGGAUAGAUGCUGCUACUCCUGCUGGGCUUUCCCUUUGGGAAAAAAGGUUUUAUUUAUAGUGUUGUGCUUCCAGGGAACACAGUCACGUGUGUGCACUGUACGUGCAUGCGCACACACGCGUGUGCUCAUUGUGUGUGUGUGGAAAUCUGCUGGGCAAGUCAAAACCAUAGAAGAGUUGCCUCCCAUCUCUGGAAUUUUCCAGAGAUGCCUCCCACUUUUUAAUUCCGCCACUACUGGAGAGCUAGUGUCUGCAGUCAGCCCGCAGGGUCUCUCUCAGUGUCUGUUUCUGGCUUACUCUUCCUGUCUCUGUCUUCCAGCCCCUGAACGUGUUCCCCCGGAUGUGUCGUUUUUCACUCCCAGGACUGCUGUAGAGGGGGAGUCAGGAUGCCAUCUUCCCGUGAAUAGUGCUCAGUAACAAACCAACCGCAUUUUAGUUGGGCAGUGCCCCGACCCUCCCUCCAGACCCCUUCCAGAUAAAACACGUCCCUUCCCCUACCAUGCGUUUCUCAGUUUCCCUUUUUGUUUGUUGGAUUGUUCUGCUGCCCCUACUCCUCGCCCUACCACCCUUGGGUCGUAAUGUAAAAUUCUUUUACCAUGUCAAGAAAUUAUUAAAAAUACAGGUACUUUGACCUCUUUCUAAAGCCGCA